UGCGUCACUUCGCGACACAAAGAAAACAACAACAACCGAAAUUUUUAUUUUGAAUUCAAAUUGUUGAACCCUCAAUCGGAAAGGAAAUCCAUGACUUGUUUAUAAAUUGUUGUGUAAAUAAAUGCAUUGUUUAAUAGUUUUAUUUGCAACAUGUCGCUCGAACUGUAAAUGACACACCGAUUGUAAAAACAUCCUUCUGACCUUUCUGUUACUUCGAGCUUGGAUUUCGCGAAAUAAACACGCCUCACGAUGUACCGCUUAUGUUUUAUCGUGGUUCUUUUAUUUGUGUCUGAUUGUGAUGGUUCAGCUCAACAAUGUAGGAAUGAUAGGGGUGAACCAGUUGACUGGUUUUACAUAUACAAGUUACCUAAAGAAAAGAAUCAUUUAAAUCCCCUGGUCCGGAAAGGGGUAGCCUACAUGUACCUGACUCCGUCAAAACUGCGCCAAGGUUGGAUCAUGUCCGACUUGUCCAUUGCCAAUCCCAACUCCAUGUUGGGCAGGACACUGCAGCCCAUGUACCUGUCAAAGAAUACUAUGACCGUGUUGUACAAUGACCAGCCACCAGCUAAUGAGAAUGCGCCAGAUAUUCUGCAAAAUGUAGCUGAAAUGUAUUCAAAACGUAAAAAAGGGCAAAUGAAGUUCACGGAACCUUCAGUAAAGAAGUACAAGAAGUUUAAGCUAGGCGACAAGUAUUAUGACGACUACGACUUGGCCGAGAUGUGCAAAAUGCACACUAAAUUCCUGAAGAAUAGGGUCGAGAAAGGCCACACAAAGGGCGUGAUUAUGGGGGACAAGUUCACCUCGCUGUGGCUGGUGCAUUCUGUGCCGAGGUUCCCACCGGUACCUGAUGGUCGCGGCAUGAACCUGACCAGCUACAGCUACCCACAAACCGGUAUGAAGUAUGGACAGUCGAUGCUCUGCAUGUCGGUGCAAACCGCCACCGUGAACCAGAUAGCCACGCAGCUGAAAUACAACGAGCCGCUGGUGGUUUACAGCCAAAUACCUACGGAAUACGAGAAUGAGCUGCCGAUGUUGGUUGAGGUGGUCAACAAUAAGACUGUCGAUGCUUCCCCUUGGUACCACAUAGAGAGUUUCGAAACCCUAGCUGGACGCAAGUUCCUCUCGUUCGCGAAGAGUGCCAUGUUCAACGACGACUUGUACAGUGGGUUAGUGGCCGAGGUUCUGCAGUCAGACCUGCUGGUGGAGUCCUGGACUAAUGGGCCUGGCACCUUGGACUCGGAGUGCAAUAGGAACUUUCAAGUGCGGAACAUAGACCGCCUAAAGUUCCCCCUGGCUCGUAUGUCCUUCACAUCUCACCACGACCACUCGAAAUGGACGGUCGCCGUCGCUCACAAGAUGCACAACAGCCAAGACACCAAGGUGGCUGAUUACUGGGUCUGCGUUGGAGACAUCAAUAGGGCGUUACCACAAGAAUCCCGGGGCGGCGGGACCGUUUGUACAUCGGGACCCAUUUUAUGGGGAAACUUCGCUCAUUUAAUUGAGUCGGUCCAAUCAUGUUGAUUCUAAUCUA